AUGUUGCGUUUCGAUAACAAGGUCGUCUUCAUUACCGGUGUCGGUUCCAGCGGCAGCGGCAUUGGCAACGGUAGGGCAAGCGCCAUACUGUUCGCGCGGCAAGGGGCGACGAUCUAUGGCGUGGAUUUAAAUCUCUCCGCUGCGGAGGACACACGCUCGUACAUUCUCUCUGAGAGUCCACAGCUUGCAGACCACAUAACCGUCUCGCAGUGCGACGUCACCUCGGCAGCGGAUGUGGACAGAGAGGUGGAGAAGUGCGUGGAGAAAUAUGGGCGGAUAGACGUGCUGGUCAACAAUGUCGGUCUCUCCGCACCGGGGACGGCGGAAAAUAUGCCCGAGGACGUAUGGGACAGACAGAUGGCCGUCAACGUCAAGAGCGUGUUCCUGUGCUGCAAGGCCGUGAUUAGGACAAUGCUGGAGCAAGAUUUCCCCGGCGGCGCCAUCGUGAAUCUCUCGUCCAUCGCGGGUACACGACAUUUGGGCACUGACCACAUCGCCUAUGCCUCCUCCAAGGCGGCCAUCAUCCAGUUCAGCAAGUCCACGGCCAUUGCCUACGCGUCCAAAAACAUAAGAGUCAACACGGUGGUGCCAGGGUUGAUGAACACGCCACUUGUGCAGAGCAGAUUGCUGAAGCAUUUGCCGGAAGGUGUGACGGCGGAGGAAUUGGCGAGACGGCGAGACUCGCAGGUGCCUGUGGGGCGGAUGGGAGACGCCUGGGAUGUGGCAUAUGCGGUUAUUUAUCUGGCGAGUUCGGAAGCCAAGUACGUCACGGGGAGUGAGGUGGUGGUGGACGGGGGUAUCUCCUGUUGGACUGCACGGCCGGCGAGGCUGUAG